UAGUUGUCUGGGCAUGGGGGGGGAGAGAGAUGGUCUGUGUAUACUGCCCCUCCCCCCUUCUGUGCGGGUGGGGUGAGCUGAGGGCCCCUCAUGGCCAGGCACUGACUGGUGGUGGCUUUCUCUGCCCCCCCCCCUCAGGGGAGCACCUGCGGAUCUGCCCCCAGGACUACACCUGCUGCUUCAGCGAGAUGGAGGAACAGCUCAGCCUGCAGAGCGACAGGGACUUCCGGGCCCUGGUGGAGGACGGGGCCAGUUUCCUGUCCAGCACCCUGGCCUGGCGCCACCGCCGCUUCGAGGAGUUUUUCCGGGAGCUGCUGGCAGCGGCCGAGCGGGGGCUGCAGGCCAUGUUCACGCAGACCUAUGGCCGCCUGUACGCCCAGAACGCACGGCUCUUCCAGGGGCUCUUCGCCGAGCUGCGGCGGCACCAGCAGGGCGCCCGGCUCAGCCUGGACGAGGCGCUGGGUGAGUUCUGGGCCCGGCUGCUGGAGCGGAUGCUGCCCCUGCUCAACCCCCAGUACCAGUUCCCCGCCGAGUACCUGGAGUGCGUGGCGCGUCAGGGGGAGGCGCUGCGGCCCUUCGGGGACGUGCCCCGCAAGCUGCGCCUGCAGGUGACGCGGGCGUUCGUGGCAGCUCGGGCCUUCGUGCAGGGACUGGCCACCGGGCGUGAUGUGGUCGCCAAGGCCUCCAAAGUGAGUGUGGGGAGGUGUGUGUGUGGGCUCAUGUCCCCCAGCCCACCCUGGGGAGCUGGCCCGUGGGCACUGAUCCCAUCCGCCUCCCCUUCCCCCCAGGUGACAGACGUGAAGGAGAAGCUGCGGCUGAUGCGGGGGUUCUGGGUCACCCUGCCCCACACGCUCUGCAGCGACGGGAAGGUGGCGGCUGACGUGACGGACGAGGACAAGUGCUGGAACGGGCAGGCCCGGGGCAGGUACCUCCCGGAUGUGACGGGGGACGGGCUGGUGAAUCAGAUCAAUAACCCGGAGGUGGAGGUGGACAUCGGGCGGCCCGACCUGCUCACUCGUCAGCACAUCCUGCAGCUGCGGGUGGCCACCAGCCGCCUGCAGGGGGCCUACGGGGGCCGGGACCUCGACUUCCAGGACACCUAUGAGGAUGGCAGUGGCUCGGGAGGGGGCGAGCGGUACAGCGAGGACUGGCCGGCUGGAGGGGGCGGCGGCAGCAGCCACUCGGGGUCCCGCCCCCCCGACUCCCGUUCGCACCGCAAGGACCGGCCCAGCAAGGGCUCCAGGCAGAACCACCGCAUGGGGGGCAGCAGCAGCCAUGCUGCCUCCUGGGGGGGCCCUGCCCUUCCCCUCCUGCUGCUUCCUGCCCUGGCACUGCCCCUGCUGGGGCAGUAACUCCCCGGGCGCCACGAAUGUAUGGGGAUCCCUCACUCGGGGUGCAGCUGGGGGGGGACUCGUCUCUUCCAGGGGCUCCCCCAGCCUGGGGAACUGGGGGGGGGUCGGGGGUGGAGAGCGAGAUGGAAAGUAGCAUUAGGGGAGGAGGGAUGGAGGGGAGGGUUUGGGGGGGCUAGGAGGUGAGGUUUAUCCAGCCCCCCCCAGGGGAAAUUGCCAAGGGGAGGGAGGGGGGCUAGGUUAGUUAGGCCCCAGGCCGAGCAUGGACGAAUGUACCCGGGGGGGGCAGGGCACGGGCCCCACACAGAGCUUUUAUUUUUUUAUGGUUUUUUUUUUUUUUUUACAGGGUGUAUUUAUUUGGGGGGCUCUUUUUUAAUGAGGCAACGGCCAGGUUAAUCUUUUAUAGGGUGGGCAGCGGGGGCAGGACUGAUUUAUUUCCUACUCUUUCCAGAACAUACACAUCUUUUACCCUCACCCCCGCUCGCUCUGCCCUGCGGUCCCAGCUCUGAGCAGCCCCAGCGGGUCUCGGUCUUGCUACCCCCCCCCAGUAUCCGCCCUACAGCAGGGCAGGGAGUGGGGUGGGAGCUCCUGGCCCGCUCCCCGCAGCGCCCCUGUUGGGGGGGCCGGGCCUGGGGUAGCCAGGCCGCUCCCCUUUGGCAUGGGGGCAGCGUCCCCGGGCUGGGCGUGGGGUGACUUUCCCGGGCCUGGCACGAGGGGUUUUGUAGCACAAUGUACAGUAGACGCUGAUCUGGCUUUUUAAGGGAACGAACCUCUUUUUAACAAGUUUGGAUGACUUUCUCCGUGUUGGUUUUUGUCUUUUUUUUUUUUAAUUUCAUUUUAUAUCGCACAAUAAAACAUUUAAUUUAUUGACUCUCA